AGACGGAAUCAGUCAGGAAUACAUGAAUAUCACAGCACAGAAGAAUACAGUGGGAUGAUAACAACUGGACAGCUGCAACAAGAACAAGUGAUCCUGGAGUCGGCAUACUCGCUGUACGAUCGCGCGUUUGCCUUCAAUUUCCACACGAUCCUCUUGUACGCAGUAAUAGGGACACUGAUCAAUACAUUCUUAAUAGGCCCCGCUCUGUUCGGGCUGUCAGAGGCGGGCAUGAUCGGGCCCAUGGCGCGCACGGAGGACGGCGUGCUGUACCACGUGUCUCUGAUCGACUGCCUGGUGUUCUCGGCGCUCAUCUCAGCCGUGGACCCGGUGGCUGUGCUCGCCAUCUUCCAGGAGGUGGGAGUCAACAAGGACCUGUACUACCUGGUCUUCGGCGAGUCGCUGCUCAACGACGCGGUGACGGUGGUGCUGUACACGACCAUGGAGGCGUUCAGCAAGAUGGCGGAGGUGCCCGCGGAGCAGUACGGCCUGGCCACACUCGCCUUCUUCACCGUCAGCCUGGGCGGCUGUGCCGUGGGCGUGCUGCUGGGGCUGCUGUCCGCCCUCAUCACCCGAGCCACGGGCGACGUCAGAGUGGUGGAGCCUCUGGCGGUGCUGGGACUGGCCUACAUCUCCUACCUCACAGCAGAACUGUUCCACUUCUCCGGCAUCAUCAGCAUCAUCUUCUGCGGAAUCGUGCAAGCACACUACGCCCUGAAGAACAUCUCGCAGAAGUCUUAUGUCACUGUCAAGUACUUCACGCGGAUGGUGAGCUCUACGUGCGAUGCCAUCAUCUUCCUGUUCCUGGGGAUGGUGCUGGUGAACGACAGACAUGUGUGGCACACGGGAUUCGUGAUCUGGACGCUCAUCCUCUGCUUCGUCUGCCGGUUCAUCGGAGUGUUCUCGCUGACAGCCCUCGCCAACCUGUAUCGCGUGAUGCCCAUCAGCGGCAAGGAGCAGUUCAUCAUGGCGUAUGGCGGUCUGCGUGGCGCCGUCGCCUUCUCGCUGGCCGAGAUGCUGAGCGAGGACACGGUGCGCCCCCGCAGCAUCUUCGUCACCACCACGCUCGUCGUCAUUCUCUUCACCGUCUUCCUGCAGGGCAGUACGAUCAAGUUCCUUGUGAAUCUGCUGCACAUUUCCAAGUCCAAGUCCGGACAGAAGAGCCUGAACGAGGAGCUGGGAGACCACGUGCUGUCCUUGGUGAUGUCUGGCAUAGAAGAGAUUGUAGGGAUCCGCUCGGACUUCUACAUAAGGAGGAAAUUUGAACAACUUGAUGACUCAUGCCUGAAACGGAUCUUUCUGAAACCUGGGAAGCAGAGUGACUUGACGAUCAUCUUUGAGAAGCUGGCAAUGACGGAGCACUUCACGCACCUGUACGGGCCGCUGGCGGUGGCCGAGCAGAGCAGUCGGGCGAAGCACGCGCCUGUGGACACGAAGCCUGGCUCCUCCAGCGUGUACCGCACCCACAGCUGUCGCACCACGGCGCGAUUCUCGCUGCUGUACCCGGGAUCCUUCCUGCAGCCGCGCUACCAGGAGAUGCUGGAGGACCCUGACACCGCCGGCACCCUGAGGAAGGUCCUGCAGAGCGGGCCCUACCACCAGAUACAAGGGCAUCUCAACACGGACGCGAUGGUCUCGGAAGGACUGAGCGUGCAAGAACAGCUGGAAGCACGGCACUUGAAGACCAUGCAGAUGGCUGAGCUGGCGGCGCAGGCGAGGGAUCUUGACGACGUGUUCUACCCGCCAGGCAGCGUGUCGGAGCUGGCUCCCACGAGGAGGCUAGUGGGGUCAGAGCUGAGCGAGGAGGAGGGCGUACCCCGGGGACUGCUGCACGGCGUGCAGGUGAUCCUGGACAGGACGGAGCGGCGCCUGUCCCAGAGGCUGUCCACGGCCUCCAGCGACCCCAGCACCGCCUGGUGUCCGCGGCAGGAGUCAGCUGCUGCCGCUGAGUCCUGCGUCUGAGCUGUGCCGGCUGCUCCACCCUGACUCCCAGCGGCAGUCGGCACACGAGGCCCUGCAGUCGAGCUGCGCUUGAUCACUUACGGUCUUCUUUAUGUACUCGCACACUACGUUAAGUUUAAAUAUUUUAUCUAUUUAAGAAAUAUUGUCUUCAGAUACUAUUAUGAAGAUUUAUUAUUGUCAUAGUCAUCCUCAAAAAAAAA